CUGUGGCUACACACCAUGCCAGUGCUUGCUCUGUGCCUGCUGUGGGCCCUGGCAACGGUGGCCCGGCCUGCCGCCGCAGCCCCUGCGGGCAGCCUGGAGCCGGCAGAGCACGAGGAGCUGACCCUCCUCUUCCAUGGGACCCUGCAGCUGAGCCAGGCCCUCAAUGGCGUGUACAGGGCCACGGAGGCACGGCUGACGGAGGCUGGGCGCAACCUGGGCCUCUAUGGCCACACACUGGGACUCCUAGGGCAGGAUAUCAGCCGGGAACGGGAUGCAGCCCGGGAACUCCGAGCAAGCCUGUUGAAGACACAGAUGGAGGAGGACGUUCUGCAGCUGCAUGCAGAGGCCAUGGCCCAGGCGUUGGGGGAGGUGGCCCAGGAACAGAAGGUGCUGUGGGACAAUGUGCAGCAGCUAGAACGCCAGCUGAGGGGUGCCGGGCUGGGCCAUGCCCGUCAAGAAUUUGAGGCCUUAAAGGCUCACACUGACAAGCAGAGCCACAUCGUGUGGGCCCUCAUGGGCCACGUGCAGAGGCAGAGGCGGCAGAUGGCAGCGCAGCAGCACCGGCUGCGAGAGAUCCAGGAGAGACUCCACACGGCAGCACUCCCAGCUUGAACCUGCCUGCACGGAACUCAGGACCAGUCAUGCAAGGGACGCUUCCACGUCGCGGGAGGCCCACCGCGCAGGGAGGAGCUGCCUGUCCAUUGGGGACGGCCAGGGGGCCGGGCCCCCCUUCCAGGCACGGAGCAGAGACGGAAGCAGGCGGGGCAGAGGCAGAGGAUGUGGCCCCGUUGGGGACGCAUGGAGCAAGGACAUAAAGACACGUACCCCUUCAC